AACUACAAAAUGAACGGAAUUUUUGCAUUUGUUUUCGUAUGUACAAUCGCCACUGCUUUAGCUGGUUAUGCAGGCUACUAUCAACCACAUGAAGAAGCUAUUGACUACCAUGCACCAGCCAAUUACAAAUACGAUUACGCAGUAAGUGAUCCACAUACCGGUGACCACAAACAACAAUGGGAACAUCGUAGCCCAGGAGGUCAUGUCCAAGGUGCAUACAGUUUAGUUGAACCAGACGGCACAACCCGUAUUGUAGAAUACACAUCUGACCCACAUCUUGGUUUCAAUGCCGUUGUCAAGAAAAUUGGACAUGCAACACAUCCACAAUUAUACGGACAUGAGGCUGGUCAUGGUCACUAUUAAAAAAACAGAAACCUAAAGGAUAUUAUGACGUAAUCAAUAUGGCGAAUGACAUCUAGACAUUACAUAUAUAAAGGCUUGUUGAUUGUUUUUGAAAGAAAGAAAGUCUUGUAGACAUAAAAUCAAUUCGAAAAGUUUUCCAAACACAUAUUUCUAGUUAUUUUCAAUUGUUUUUCCAUUUUUUUUCGAUCUAAAAUGGUAGUUCAAUGUAGAUCUAGAAAAUUAUUCGAAUUGAUAGAUUGAUGUUUACAUCUUUUAUUUUAAAAAUGAUCUCUAUUAAUUUUUUUUAUUGUUCUUUAAGUUGUUAUUAAGGGGGAUUCCAUGACUAAAAACAAACAGGUUGUAUUUUCUAGGACUGUAAAAUGUAUGUACAGUUUUAAAAAAUACAUA